UACUGUAGGUUCAAGGGAGUUUUUACUUUCGUUUCCCUGCCUCCUCCUCACUCAGCUGAUCACAGCAGAGUUUAAAACCCCCUCGCCACCGGCACUGUGCUGUGACGGUGCACAAGCUGAAAAACACAGCAGACGAUUCUUCACAGCUGACUGGAGCGAAGUGUGGAAUGGCAGAUUUUGGACUGUAUUCAUACCAGGAGGAAGUGGUUGAAAGGGCUCUCCAGGGAGAGAACGUCGUUAUUUGGCUGCCAACCGGAGGCGGAAAGACCCGUGCCGCCGUGUACGUGGCCAAAAGACACCUGGAAACAGCACCGCAGGCUAAGGUGGUGGUCCUGGUUAACAAGGUUCACCUCGUAGACCAACAUUACACCAAAGAGUUCAAGCCUCGACUGGGCCGAAACUACACCCUGGUGCCAGUCAGUGGAGAGAGCGAGGCCAAGGACUUCUUCGGAAAAGUGGUGCAGGACUCGGACGUGGUCAUCUGCACGGCACAGAUCUUGUAUAAUGCCCUGACCAACGCGGAGGAAACCAAACACGUUGAGCUCUCGGAUAUUACUCUGCUGAUAGUCGACGAGUGUCACCACACCCACAAGGAGUCGGCCUACAACAAGAUCAUGAGAUGCUACGUGGUGAAAAAGCUGAGGGGAGAAGGUCCCUUGCCGCAGAUCCUGGGUCUUACUGCAUCGCCGGGGACGGGGGGCGCAAAGACCCUGGAAAAGGCUGUGGAGCACGUGCUGCAGAUUUGUGCCAACCUGGACUCAGCCAUAGUUUCCACCAGGAACUGUGCCCCUGAGCUGAAGGAGAAGGUACCCAGACCCAAAAAGACGUUUGACAUCGUCGAGGAUAGGCCUGAGGAUCCAUUUGGGAAUCAUCUGAGGGCGAUGAUGCACGCGAUCCAUGAGUACAUGAACUUACCUUCAGACUUCCCACUGAGAGAGUGUGGCACACAAGAGUAUGAGGCAGAUGUGGUGAUUUUAGAGCAGCGAGGGGUGAGAGAGGACAACAGACGGCUAGCACAAUGUGCGCUCCACCUCAGAAAGUACAACGACGCCCUGCUCGUCAACGACACCCUGCGGAUGAUGGACGCGUAUGGCUCCCUAGACGAUUUCUACGCCACAAAGUCCACCGCGGCCAUCGACGGAACAGACCACUUCCUGGUGGGACUCUUCCACGACAAUCAGGCGGAUUUGAGGAGACUUGCAAGAGAUGCUCGCUAUGAGAACCCAAAGAUGGCCAAACUCGAGAGCGUUCUGCUGAAACAGUUCGGUCCGGGUGUGCAAUCAAGGGGGAUCCUCUUCUGUAAAACCCGUAAAAGCACCCACUGCCUAAAUGACUGGGUCCUGACCAACAGAGCCUUACAGGCGGCUGGCAUCGAGGCAGACAUCCUGACUGGGGCUGGUAAUGGCAUCACUUACAUGACACAGCGCGAGCAGGCGGACACAAUCGGCAGUUUCCGCCAGGGAACUCUCAACCUGCUCAUCUCCACCAGCGUGGCCGAGGAAGGCCUCGACAUUCCCGAAUGCAACCUGGUGGUGCGCUAUGGCCUGCUCACAAAUGAGAUCGCCCAGCAGCAGGCCAUUGGACGCGCCAGAGCACAAGACAGCCAGUAUUCCGUGGUCGCCUUGAAGGGGGGGCGGGAGGAGCGCAGGGAGAUCACCAAUGAAUAUCUGGAAAGGCUGACUGCGGAAGCCAUCGCUCAGGUCCAAGGCAUGGGCCACCGAGAGUUCCGCAGAAAGAUAACUGACCUACAGCAACAGGCGGUUAUCAACAGAAGAGUUGCAGAGAGCUGCGAGGCGGAGAAGAGGAGUCGCUACUCGGCUGCCAGUAUCCAGCUCCUGUGCCGAAACUGUUUCAAGUCGGUGGCGUCUGGCAGCGAUAUCAAACUCAUUGACAAUGCGCACUAUGUCAACGUCAAUCCUGACUUUAAGAAACACUACAGAGUCGGUGUGCAGGUGAGCCUGGAGAAGACGUUUGAGGACUGGGAGCCUGGGCGAAUCAUCAGUUGCAAUAAUGGCAACUGCAAAAUGGAUUGGGGAUUUGAGCUUAAGUACAGGGAGAUCGCCCUGCUGCCAAAUCUAGCCAUUAGGAAUUUUGCCCUGGAGACCCCUGACGGCAGGAUGACUGUGAAGAAGUGGAAGAAUGUGCUUUUCACUGCGGAGAACUUCAGCUUUGCACAAUAUUGCCAAGACAACUUCCCCGAUCUCGACUGAGAUACCAGCAGGAGAACUCCGUGUGUCUUUUUCUUUUGUCAGCUCUUAUUUUUGUUUAUUGGCGUUUGAUAGCCUUCAGCCCAUUUAACGAAAACCAUCAUUGUACCGUUUCUGGCGCUUUGCACACAUUUGCAAUGCAAAAAUUCCACAUGUGCUAGUAUAUACUUGUUUGUGCUGCGGGGGCAAAUGAGGCAGCAGUGUGCUAAAACGCAUUACGCAUCGAUCAUGCUUGAAAUUAGCAUGACAGCUUUGUUUACGCCCACGGUCCUAUCUCCCUUUGCGUGGUUCUGUGUGUAUUCGUCAUGCUUCAUCUCAAGUCAAGUGCAGGAACAAAGCACAACAUGAACUCAGCUGCAACAUGAACCUCAAACAUCUCGGAGACACUUGACAUGUCAUCAUGAAGAGGAUUGGCUUUUUUAAAACGGGAAACGAAAUGUUUCACAGUCAGUUCAGUAGCAUACAAAUACAUGUGUGGGAAGUAUGAUCAUAAGUACAGCUACUGAUUAUCCCACAAAAUAUAUGUAUUUUUGGUUAUUUUUAAUAUUUUAUAGCGUUGAAAUACGGUUACAUUUGCUCAUUUUAUGUACUGUUUUAUGUCGGCUAAUCAUGGAGUAUAUAAAUAAACUAAACUAAAGGUGAGAUGAAAUACUAAUAAACCUGCCUUUUGACAUGCUUAA